UGGCCGUCGCGCAUCUGAUGGACAGACGUCAUUCCUCAUACCGACCGACACCUUCCGCAUCGCCGUCCGACGCAUUCCGACAUGGUGGUGGCUAGCGACGUUUUCCCGCUGGUGCAUGCGCUGCUGACCAGUGCCGGUCUCAAGAAGUCGGCGGCCGCGCUGGCCAAGGAGGCCAAGCUGCAGCCCAAGGCGUUCAAGAGCGAGCACGACCUGCUGGACGUGUAUAAUUUCUACCUGACGCACAACAUGAAGAAGGCCAAGGUGCCGGCCACGUCGGUGGUGGACGCGGCCAAGCGGACACAGAAGAAAAAGGCCAAGAGCAGCAGCUCCAGUGACAGUUCCGACUCGUCCGAGGAUAAGAAGACCUCGGCCAAGAAGGUCACGUCCAGCAGUGAAUCCUCGUCAUCGCAAGAUUCCGAGGAGGAGAAGCCGAAGGCCAAGACUGCGGUUAAGAAGGAGGAAUCGUCGUCCAGUUCGGAUUCGGAUUCGGACGAUGAGUCGGAAGAGGAAAAGCCGGCUACGAAGACGGCGGUAAAGAAGGAAGAGUCUUCGAGCUCGGAUUCGGACUCGGAUGACGAGUCGGAAGAGGAGAAGCCGGCCGCUAAGAAAACUGCCGUCAAGAAGGAGGAAUCCAGUUCGGAUGACUCAUCCGAUUCGGACGAUUCGUCGGAUGAGGAGGAGAAGCCGACCAAGAAGGCUGCUGCUGACAAGAAGAAGGCUGUCGUUAAGAAAGAAUCGAGUUCAGAUGACUCAUCCGACUCGGAUGAUUCGUCGGAUGAGGAAGAGGAGAAGCCAGCUAAGAAGGCUGCUGGAAAGACGAAGGCUAAGGCUCAGGAGAGCGACUCUUCCAGCUCGGAUGAUUCUUCGGAUUCGUCCGACUCGGACUCUUCGGACGAUGAGAAGCCCAAGUCCAACAAGCGCAAGGCUGAAGCUCCUGCUGCCGAGAAGAACAGCAAGAAGGCGAAGCGUGACGCCGAGUCCAGCUCGGAUGACAGCUCGUCGGACUCUUCGGAUUCCGAUUCGGAUUCGGACUCCGAUUCGGAUUCGUCGGAGGAUGAGGAAGCUCAGAAGAAGGAGGCUGCGCGUCGUGAGCAGGCCGCUAAGGCCGCUCUGGAGUGGCAACCCAAGAAGAUCGAGAAGGUGGCCACAAAUGCCAAGGCGGCAGGCACCCCGUUCCAGCGUGUGGACGGUGAGUACUGGUCGCAGAAGAUCGUGGACGACACGCUGCGUGACAACAGCUACGAAGGCACUUUCGGCGCUGACGGAGUAGGCGUCAAGGCCAACAACAAGCUGCUCAAGACCCGUGGUAAGGACUUCACCAAGGGCAAGAACAAACUCAAGCGUUCGACGUACAUGUGCGGCGCCAUCAGCAUGGCUUCCAACUCGUUCAAGUUCGAGGACUAGAAUCAAAGGAUUCCCUUAUCAUCCCUUACUUUGCGAUAGUACAACCUAUAGAAUAUAAUUCUCGUUACAUUUUCCUUUAC